UGAAUUCCUCUGCUCGUUAUUGUUGGAAGAGGAGAUAUUUCGCCGGUUGUAUCUCAUGUCAGAAAGACCGCACAAGCUAACCGGUUAUCGGUUAUAAGUACGGUGGCCGUAGAGGUCGCGAUCGGUCCGCUCAAUGCAACGAAGUGUAACGAGGGAACCUGCAUGUAUAUUUGUGAAUGCCUGUAUUUGUGAAAAAGCAUGUUGCCAGACGCCUUCCUGCACUGACGUCAGGCCAGUUGUUUUGGGUCGCUCGACCAAUCGCAAGCGCGCUCCCACAUCUACAGGAGCCGACGUGGGUCCGUCCUCGCGCCAGCUUUUAUCCACUGAUGCUCAUCACAACGCCCCCUCGGUAGGGUGCACGCACGGGGCUCUCAGACUGCUGCUGCUUUAAACAGCAGCUCUGACAUGGAAACCCCAUUGCAGUUGCAGAACGAUUUCUAUCCAGAGCAGCAGCAGCAGCAGCAGCACUGUAAGUACCAGCAAUACUGCGGACGCGAGGACGAGCGCUCCAUCAGGCACUGCACCUGCAAUAACUCCUCCACCUGCGAGGAUGGGAGAAAACGGCUACCUUUGCACGGGACGCCGCUGGGAACUUUGAGGACGCCGUCCGUGUCAUCUUCAACCAGGCAAGGUGCUCAGUACAGCGAGUUCACGCCCUCUAGUCAUGGUAGUUCAUUCAGACAUCAUCCUCAUCGCGACCAGAACCGGCAGAAUCAUCGGGGCAGUCCGGCCAGCAGCCACAGAGAGAGUAACUCUUACACCCAAAUAGCCAUGAGCAGCUGCAGAUAUAACGGCGGCGUGAUGCGGCCGCUGAGCAACUUGGGCUCGUCCCGCAGAAACCUGCACGAGUUUGAUUCGGAGUCCCAACCACUGCAGCCGGUGUCUGCGGCGGACCCUUCCGAUUCCGUCCCCUCCAAACCGGAGAACAACUCCACCACCCUCAUGCCUUACUCGGCGGGGGACGGAGGAGGGGGCGGAUGCGGCCACAGCGGAGGCAAAUCGGGCAAGAAGAAGAACCAGAACAUCGGACAGAAGCUCGGGCACAGGAGGGCCUUGUUUGAGAAGAGAAAGCGCUUGAGCGACUACGCGCUCAUCUUUGGGAUGUUUGGCAUCGUGGUGAUGGUUAUUGAGACUGAACUCUCGUGGGGAGCCUACGGAAAGGAGUCACUGUAUUCUUUAGCCCUGAAAUGCCUGAUAAGCCUUUCUACAAUCAUUCUUCUUGGUCUGAUUAUCAUAUAUCACGCCAGGGAGAUUCAGUUGUUUAUGGUGGACAACGCAGCAGAUGAUUGGAGGAUAGCCAUGACCUACGAGCGCAUCUUCUUCAUGUGCCUGGAGAUCCUGGUGUGCGCCAUACACCCCAUCCCGGGCAACUACACCUUCACCUGGACAGCGCGCCUGGCCUUUUCCUACGCGCCAUCCAAGACAGACGCUGAUGUGGAUAUCAUCCUGUCCAUUCCCAUGUUUCUUCGUUUGUACCUCAUCGCUCGGGUCAUGUUGCUGCAUAGCAAACUCUUCACCGAUGCUUCAUCUCGCAGUAUCGGUGCCCUCAACAAGAUAAACUUCAACACACGCUUUGUCAUGAAAACCCUUAUGACUAUCUGCCCAGGCACAGUACUGCUGGUGUUCACCAUCUCCCUGUGGAUCAUCGCCGCCUGGACUGUGAGGGCGUGCGAAAGAUACCAUGACAACAUGGAUGUAACCAGCAAUUUUCUGGGAGCCAUGUGGUUGAUCUCAAUAACUUUUCUAACCAUUGGAUAUGGGGAUAUGGUCCCCAAUACAUACUGUGGAAAAGGGGUGUGUCUCCUCACCGGCAUUAUGGGUGCCGGAUGCACUGCUUUGGUGGUUGCUGUGGUCGCAAAAAAACUGGAAUUAACCAAAGCCGAAAAACAUGUACAUAACUUUAUGAUGGACACCCAGCUGACAAAAAGGGUGAAAAACACAGCUGCUAAUGUACUCAGGGAGACGUGGCUUAUUUAUAAAAACACCAAGCUGGUGAGGAAGAUGGACCACUCGAAAGUCAGGAAACAUCAGCGCAAGUUCCUUCAAGCCAUUCAUCAGGAAAAUAAAUACGUACUAUGGGCUCUGAAUGGUCUUGUGUUCAGAUUGAGAAGUGUUAAAAUGGAGCAACGCAAGCUGAAUGACCAAUCAAACUCGCUAGUGGACCUCGCAAAGACUCAAAACGUCAUGUACGAUCUGGUCUCGGACCUGAACGAACGAGGCGAGGACAUGGAAAAGAGAAUCGGCAUGCUGGAGACCAAACUGGAGACGUUGCUAAGCAACCUACAGGCGCUGCCCGGCCUCAUCAGUCAGAUGAUCAGCCAACAGCAUCGGGACUUCGUAGAAGUGCAGCUCCAGCCGUACGACAAACAAAGCCACGACCGCUCGCAGUCCGUCUCCAGACGCCGAUCGUCUUCCACGGCUCCGCCCACUUCUUCAGAGAGCAGCUAGAGCCAGCCCGGCACCUCUGGAGGAGACUUUCGCCAUCAUAUGGCCAAGUUGCAUUUUACUGUAAAGCCUUAUGGUUUUAAUAAAGUAUUAUCCGAAUUCUGAUGAUCAUGCGGUCAGAGGUUACCGAGGAUAAUGCGUUUGAAACAGUUAACUUCCACAUAUCUUGUUUUUUUACCUCAAUGAACGAUGCUGUUUCUUUGCCGACGGCGUCAAAGAGGGACUUUACUCAGAAUGUAAUGAUUGCAAGUUGGGGCUAUCAGGUCAGCAAGUCCUUAGAGUCGCCUCUCCGGGCGACUUUAUUCAGGAAAGCAAUGCAACCUCAAUUGGCACGGAGUGCCAGACUAGUGCUUCCUACCGAAUCGUCUGUCUCUGCGUUUGUGACCUGUCCCCGAAUCAACAGGCUUUAAUAAUUCUUUAUCGAGGAUAUAAUAGCAUGUCUGAACCUAAGACGGGGCAGAUGAAGAAUGCCUCCCCCACUCUAUCCGAAUAGCGAUAACAGAUUGAAGCGCUCAAAGAAAAACAUAUAUCUUUUAGGUUAGAAACGGAGUUCUGUUGUAGCCCUCCAAAAGCGAGUCUUCCGGGGGCCAAACGAUACUGCAAACAAGUUACUGAAAAUGAAUGCAUCCGAAUCUAUACUUGCACUUUUAUCAAUGCACUUCAACGCUUACUGACUAUAAUAAGAAUUUGUGUCGCUCAUUAAAAUAAAAUGGCACCUUUAGUCAUAGGAUAAUGGCCAGAAUAGACAACGGUAAUGCGUAGGUUCAGGCGGAGAUUGCAAUGCCCCCGCGAUACUAAACCGAGACUGAGACGACUGUGCUUGGACGUAGAUGUUAGAUUGCUGCUGUUAAGUUUCGGGCUCUCCAUUAGUUCCAGUUGCAAUUGACAUAUCUUAAUGGAGAAGCUGAUGGGGAACUCUCUCGGAGUCCACUGUGUGCUCGACGCUAAAGCGGUCUUCAAACCUAAACAAGAAGAGAUCUACCGGAUGCUGUUAUAGAUGUUUCACGUCUGUUUAAGAGCAUCAAAUAUCUUGUAUAUGUUCGGAAAUGCCUAUUUUUGUAUAUUACUGAGGACAAGCACACCUCUAAAAGCGUACGUCUUUUUCGAGAACUUUGUGUGAUGGGGGGGUACUCGUAGAACCAAAGCUUACAAAAUGGGCGAGAAGUUUGUCUUCUUGGCAUACCUUGAACAACCUGUGAAUUUAGGUUCUGUACUUUUUAAAGGUCAAAACAAACCACAGCACAAAUAUACAAGAUACAUAGAAAAGUGAAUUUGUUUUUCAGUCGGUCUUGAUCAACUUCAGAAUGUGAAAGCAGAAGUAUGAAGAGUUCACGAUUCUCUAGGUUAUUGAUGGCAUGUUAUCGAUGGGUUUGUGCACUUUGGAUUCUAAAGAUGGUGGGAUUGAAUAAAUUGGUGCAUUACAUAGCCCCGCUCUGGGAACAACACAUCCCAGAAUAUAAUGUCCUCAAGGGGUUGCAAAGGUUAUGAAAAUAUGGUGGAUCCAGCAAUUUUACCAACAUAGAAACUAUGAGUGAUUAUACUGUAUGCAAAAUUAAUAUAAACAAUAAA